AUGAUUUUGAAUCCCAAAUCUUUUAAUUUUCCAAAAUUAACAUUUCAUAUUUAUGUCUAAUUGGAAACUAUUACAUCUAUUAGUAUCAUGAAAACUGAGAAAAAUAUUAGAUUCUCAUUUAUUAUGUUCAUUCCAAUAUUUGUUGUAAUUUGA